GAAAAAUAACAGUGAUGAUAUUAACUGGUAAAAUGCGAGAUUUACAACAGGGUAUUUGUUUCAGAAUCGACCGAUAAUCUCACAUAGUCACUGUAAUCUCACACCCCACUAGCGGAACUAUUUUUACGCUCUACAUCACAUAUCAGUGUAACACACAACAUUGGCAGGCAGCGCUGAGCUGGAGGAGAGAAACAACAACACAUCUAGCAGAUAAUGGAAUUAUAUAAGUAUUAAAAUAUAUUGUCACCAGUAUAUUACCGAGUGUUGUUAAGUAGUUAAUAAAUGUAGCUAAUGGUGCUGCGAUAGCUAACAUUAACCCUCAACAUUUCUUAGCUAGCACAAGCUAGUUAGCUCGGAGCUAGCAUACGAGCUAGCUAUAUUUAAUAAUUGUUGGAAAGUCUGGCAAGUGGUAGCUAGGUUUCUUAUAACCAUGUAACUAGCUACUGUAAUGUUAAAUAUCAAUUGACAAACAAUUUGCUUACUCGACGUUAAAAUAUGUACAUUCAUUCAUCUUCAUUUGAUUUACAAGGCGAGCGAAAAUCUAUGUAUAAACAGUCUGAAAAUAGCUUCUUCAAAUGUGGUGAAAAGACAAGCCCUAUCAGUGUAAUUUUGGUUACUUCGGGUAGCCGAGGGAACAAAUUGCUCUUUAGGUACCCAUUUCAACGGGUUGCAGAUUGCACAUCUUCACUCACGACAAAACAGCGAAGUCCAUAUGCAUUGAACACUACAGGAGAUGUUCUUGAAGACCCAGAUGGAGAUUCUAGAGAACAAACUCCACUAACUGAUGAACAGUUGGUAGCAGGGUUCUCUGACAUCAUCCUCGCCACUAUCUUGGCCACCAAGUCUGAUAUGUGUGGGAAGAAGUUUGAGCUGAAGAUAGACAAUGUGCGUUUCGUUGGGCACCCCACCCUCCUCCAGCAUCCUCACACCAUUCAGGUGUCUAAGACAGACCCCUCACCUAAGAGGGAGAUGCCCACCAUGAUCCUGUUCAGUGUUGUGUUUGCUCUGAGGGCCAACGCCGACCCGUCAGUCAUCAGCUGCAUGCACAACCUGUCCCGGCGCAUCGCCAUCGCCCUGCAGCACGAGGAGCGCCGCUGCCAGUAUCUCACCAGAGAGGCCAAGCUGAUGCUGGCUGUGCAGGACGAGGUCACCAACAUGACCGAGACUGAUGGCAGCCCUCAGUCACCGUUCAGACAAAUCCUUCCUAAAUGCAAACUUGCCAGGGACUUGAAGGAGGCAUAUGACAGCCUGUGUACAACAGGGGUGGUGAGGCUCCAUAUCAACAACUGGCUGGAGGUGAGCUUCUGUUUACCUCACAAGAUCCACCGGGUAGGGAGCAACCACGUACCCCCAGAGGCUCUGGAGCGUAGCCUCAAGGCCAUAAGGCCGUAUCAUGCUCUGCUGUUGCUGGACAGUGAGAAGGCUCUGCUGGCCCAGCUGCCUUUGGACUGCUCUCCUGCUCUGGUGCGCCUCAUUAAGACCUGCUCUGCAGUCAAGAACCUGCAGCAGCUGGCACAGGAUGCAGACCUGAACCUGCUACAGAUCUUCCAGAUUGCUGCUCACCUGGUGUACUGGGGAAAAGCCAUCAUAGUGUACCCUCUGUGUGAGAACAAUGUCUACAUGCUGUCCCCACACGCCAACAUCAGCCUGUACUCUCCAUUGGCUGAGGGGUUUGGCCAGCAGUUCCCAGGUCAUGACCUGCCUUCCAUGCUGGCCAAGUUCUCCCUGCCCCUCUCACUGUCUGAGUUUAGGAACCCACUGGAUGCGUCUGUGCAGGAGGCCCAGCUGAUCCAGAUGGUGGUGUGGAUGCUCCAGCGGCGCCUGCUGAUCCAGCUCCAUACCUAUGUGUGUCUGCUGGUGCCCCCCAGUGAGGAGGAGCCAGGUCUGCUGCGGGACGAGGAGCUCCCCCUGGUGGCCCGGGUGGGGGGUCGCAGCCUCAGCACACCCAGCGCACUCAGCUUCGGAUCCCCAACCAGCAGUGAUGACAUGACCCUGACCAGUCCCAGUAUGGAUAACUCCAGUGCAGAACUGCUUCCUGGUGGAGACUCUCCGCUAAACAGGAGGAUGACCGAGACGUUACUGGCCAGCCUGACAGAGCACGAGCGCCAGGUCAUCCUUAAUAUCCCGGCUGCACAAAGUCCUGAAGACCUGCGCAUGUUUGCCAGGCUGCUGCACUACUUCCGAGGGCACCAUCACCUGGAGGAGAUCAUGUAUAACGAAAACAUGAGGCGCUCUCAGCUGAAGACCCUCUUUGACAAAUUCAGAAGUGUUCUGGUGGUCACCAACCAUGAGGACCCUGUCAUCUCCCUCUUCCAGUCUCCUCUGGAGUAGAGAGGGUAGAGAGGUCUGUCAUGAGGUGAAGGACCCUUUCUGAAAUACCAGAUGGACAGAAUGCUGCUGUACAAAGGCCUUAUUAUGGCGCUUGCUGCUUUCAGCCAACUGUACUCAUCAAUGCACCCCCCAAAAAAUAAGAUUUCUAAAAGAAUAACUGUCUGCCCCUGCUUGGGGGACUGUGAGUGCAUGUAUAUAGCUUUUAGAUGCUUUAAUUUGUCCCUUUCUCUCAGAUGUCUUACGUUCAAUGCCUUGUUUUCAAUACUACAUUAUUGAAUAAACAGUGUGUGAAGAGC